ACCUGGCCUUAAGCUCAGCCCCCAGUAGGUACGUUUGUGAAGGAGUCGGUGUUCCUUUAGUUCCAUCCCCAAACCUCUGCCAGAGACCCUUAGAGGACGCAACAGGUUCUCAGAGUCCUGGAGUCCCGUAGCCCUGCCUCAGGCACCCUUAGCCAACCCAGGGCGGAGCAGUGGGACGGGCUCUCACCCAAUCACCCGUGUGGUGCCCUGGGGCUGGACCUUAAAUAAUUCAUGAAUUAAGUGGAGGAAGCCCAGUUUAGAGGCGAGGGGCUGCAGGGUUCCGAGACCCGAACGAGAGCUGGACCGGAGAGGGAUGGUACUUUGAGUGAAUGACCACCUUGGAGACCAUUCUUCUGUUUCCCUUGUUACCAGCCAGGAGGCAGAGGAGUCCACCGGUCCAGGAAAGACCCAUUUCCCUUGAGUUUCCAGAAAAUACCUCAUGCUUGGGAGAUCAGGCCAACUAUGGCUCUUGUCUUCAGUGCCCUGCUGUUACUGGGGCUGUGUGGAAAGAUCACUUCAGAAGGUCAGCCUGCAUUCGAUAACACUCCUGGGGCUUUGAAUUAUGAAUUGCCUACCACCAAAUAUGAGACCCAAGACACCUUCAAUGCCGGGAUUGUUGGCCCUCUCUACAAAAUGGUGCACAUCUUCCUCAACGUGGUCCAGCCGAAUGACUUCCCUCUCGAUUUGAUCAAAAAACUCAUACAGAACAAGAAGUUUGACAUCUCAGUUGAUUCCAAGGAGGUUGCCUUCUAUGAGAUCGGAGUUCUUAUCUGCGCCAUCCUGGGACUGCUGUUCAUUAUCCUCAUGCCUCUGGUGGGCUGCUUCUUUUGUAUGUGCCGUUGCUGCAACAAAUGCGGCGGAGAGAUGCACCAGCGGCAGAAGCAGAAUGCGUCUUGCCGGAGGAAGUUCUUGGGCCUCUCCCUCCUGGUGAUUUGUCUGCUCAUGAGCCUUGGCAUUAUAUUUGGCUUUGUGGCUAACCAGCAGACGAGGACUCGGAUCAAAGGGACCCAGAAACUUGCAGAGAGCAAUUUCAGAGACUUUCAAACGCUCCUGACUGAAACCCCAAAGCAAAUUGACUAUAUAUGGGAGCAAUACACUAACACCAAGAACAAGGCGUUCUCAGACCUGGAUGGCAUCGAUUCCGUGCUGGGAGGCAGAAUAAAGGACCAACUAAAACCCAAAGUAACUCCUGUUCUCGAAGAAAUUAAGGCCAUGGCCACAGCCAUCAAACAGACCAAGGAUGCCCUGCAGAACAUGAGCAGCAGCCUGAAAAGUCUCCAAGAUGCAACCACCCAGCUCAGCACCAACCUGACCUCUGUGAGAAACAGCAUAGAGACUUCACUCAACAGCAGCGACUGUGCUACAGACCCAGCCAGCAAGAUCUGCGACAGCAUCAGACCAAGCCUAAACAGUCUGGGGAGCAACAUCGAUUCAAGUCAGCUCCCAUCAGUGGAUAGAGAACUCAACACCGUUACUGAUGUCGACAAAACUGAUCUGGAGAGCCUCGUCAAAAGGGGGUAUAUGACGAUUGAUGAAAUACCCAAUACAAUACAAAACCAAACUGUGGAUGUCAUCAAAGAUGUCAAGAAGACCUUGGAUUCCGUCAGCUCCAACGUUAAGAACAUCAGCCAAAGUAUUCCUAUUGAGGACGUGCUGUUUCAGGUUGCCCAUUACCUUAAUGACAGCAACAGAUACUUAAACCAGGAGCUGCCCAAGCUUGAAGAAUACGACUCGUACUGGUGGCUGGGUGGCUUAAUUGUCUGCUUCCUGCUGACCCUCAUUGUGACUUUCUUUUUCCUGGGCUUGUUGUGUGGUGUGUUUGGCUAUGACAAGCAUGCCACCCCAACCAGAAGAGGCUGCGUGUCCAACACUGGAGGCAUCUUCCUCAUGGCUGGGGUUGGAUUCAGCUUCCUUUUUUGCUGGAUAUUGAUGAUCCUUGUGGUUCUUACUUUUGUUGUUGGUGCAAAUGUGGAAAAGUUGCUCUGUGAACCUUAUGAAAACAAGAAAUUAUUACAGGUUUUGGACACUCCCUAUCUGCUCAAGGAACAAUGGCAAUUUUAUCUCUCUGGCAUGCUAUUCAAUAACCCAGACAUUAACAUGACCUUUGAGCAAGUCUACAGGGAUUGCAAAAGAGGUCGGGGCGCAUAUGCUGCUUUUCAGCUUGAGAAUGUCUUCAACAUCAGUAAGAAUUUGAACAUUGAGCAGCUUUCUGAGAACAUAACUAAGGAGUUGGAAAAACUGAAGGUGAACAUUGAUAGCAUCGAACUGUUGGAUAACACAGGAAGGAAGAGCCUCGAGAACUUUGCACACUCUGGGGUAGACACAAUCGAUUACUCCACGUACUUGAAGGAGACUGAGAAAUCCCCUACCGAAGUGAAUCUGCUGACAUUUGCCUCUACUCUAGAAGCAAAAGCAAACCAGUUGCCUGAAGGACAGUUGAAGCAGGCCUUCUUACUGGAUGCACAGAAUAUAAGAGCGAUCCACCAGCAGCAAGUCCCUCCUGUGCAGCAAUCACUGAAUACAUUAAGACAAAGUGUCUGGACUCUCCAGCAAACAAGCAACAAGUUGCCGGAUAAAGUGAAGAAGAUCCUUGCCUCUUUGGAUUCUGUUCAGGAUUUCCUCACCAAUAACGUUUCCCUCAUCGUUAUUGGAGAAACAAAGAAGUUUGGGAAAACAAUACUAGGCUACUUUGAACAUUAUCUGCACUGGGUCUUGUAUGCUAUCACAGAGAAGAUGGCAUCCUGCAAACCCAUGACUACCGUGAUGGACUCUGCUAUUAAUGGCAUUCUGUGUGGUUAUGUUGCUGACCCUCUGAAUUUGUUCUGGUUCGGCAUAGGGAAAGCCACGAUGCUCUUACUUCCGGCUGUAAUCAUUGCUAUCAAGCUGGCCAAGUACUAUCGCAGGAUGGAUUCAGAGGAUGUAUACGACGAUGUUGAGACUGUGCCCAUGAAAAAUUUGGAAAACGGUAGUAAUGGUUAUCAUAAAGAUCAUUUAUAUGGUGUUCACAAUCCUGUUAUGACAAGCCCGUCUCGAUACUGACAACUGGAGUUGAAACUGCUUGAACAUCAAGAUAGUCAGCAUGGAAAGCAUCACAGAUUUCGGAUAGUUUCAGAGUCUUCUAGAACUUUCCAAGUGCAGAAGAAAGCAUGGUGGCGACUCAGGCGGGCACUGGGAACAUGGCAUCAGUGGUCUUAGGGUAGUGCUUUGCCAGGGAUGAAUGGUUGUCAUGGUUAUAACCCACAGAUCCGUUGCAACUCAUGAAGGACUCUCUCCUGUCCUGUUUCUAACUUUUCUUUUUACACUGAAUUUCUAUUUAGACGCUAAAGCGUAUAGGGGCGCUUGUCCCCCCUGGACACAUUUACCUGUGAACCAGCUAUCCGGAUGUCGUAGCUGGGUACCUAACUUACUUCCAUAUGUGAAGUGUGCUAAACACAAGCCAGUUUACAGAUGAGAUGUAUUUUGUGUACAGUAAAUUGUAUAUAUACCCUUUUACCACAGUCAGUUUUUUUAAACAAAUGAUUACUCUAGAUUUUUCUUCUAAAUGAGGUUACUGUUGGGGUGGGAGUGACCUAGUGAUGCCGUAGAAAGGAAUCUGCAUUCACUAAAAGUGUGUCAACCCUAGAGCAGGCAAUGCCCUUCCUUGUGGAUUUCCGUCUGCCCGUUGCCUGUGGUUUAGAAAUAGAAUUCAAGAACAAUCACGGAGUGUCCCACUUGACGCCACUGCAAAAUUCAGAACGAGGGACCUUGAGAGAAGGAACUGUCGCUCAGCUGGGAACGGAAUCAUUAUCGCAAUCACAGGUGCUGGUUCACAGUUUAGUGGCACUCUGUGGUUUGUAAGGAUGGGCAUUACGUUUCAGUGUCAUCUGGUCAUCUGUGAUGUGUGUCAUCAGCCUGUCCUGAUCCUGAGAUUUAAAAUAAAGCAGGAAUGAGCAGA